CAACAUGCUUUUGGUCUAUGCUCAGAAUGGCCACAUUGGAAAAGCUCGAGAACUUUUUGAGAAGAUGGAGCACCGUGACCUGGUUUCAUGGACGUGCAUGGUAAGCGCGUAUGCUCAAGCUGGAAAUAUCAAAGAAGCCGAGUUCUUUUUCCAGAGAAUGCCUUUCACGAAUAUUGUGUCGUGGAACUCGAUGAUCUCGGCUUACAGCCAAAAGGGAAACUUUGAGAGAGUUGAGAAGAUGGUAGAAAAAAUGCCGCAGUCGAGUUUGUCGUCGUGGAACGCUGUUCUAGCUGCCAAUUUCGAUAGAGGAAAUCCGGAAGGAGCAAAACUAGUGUUUGACGAGAUGCCGGAGCACAACUCCGUGGCUAUGAGCUCACUGAUUUGUGGAUAUGCGCAGUUUGGUUUCAUGGAUUUUGCACGGGAGGUUUUUGAGAGUGUUCCUCACAAAGAUCUACUGUCGUGUACGUCGAUGCUGAUCGCUUUCGCAAACCACGGAGAAGUGGAAGAAGCGAAGCAUUUGUUUGAAACAAUGCCACAGCGAGACAUCGUUGCUUGGAACGCAAUCCUGGUUAUGUAUGGUCAAAACGGUGAUUUAGAAAACGCAGCAAGGAUUUUCAGCUCUAUGCCCGAGCGCGAUCUCGUUUCAUGGACCUCGAUUCUGACCAAGUUCGGACAGAGGGGAAAACUCCAAGAGGCGAUGAAAAUCUUCGACGAGCUCGAAACUCUACACACUCCUGACCAGGUUUGUUUCGUGGGAGUUCUCAUCGCUUGCAGCCACAAAGGAAAGCUUGCUCUCGCCAAGGAGUACUUUCUGUCCAUGAGACACGACUUUGGAAUAGAGCCUGUGAAGCAGCACUACUGUUGCAUGGUGGAUUUGCUCGCCAGAGCCUCGUAUCUGGAAGAUGCGAGAGAGCUCUUGGCGACGAUGCCAUUUAAACCAGAUGCUGUAAAUCUGGUGGCUUUUCUUUCGGCGUGUAGGAUGGGCCGGAUGAGUGAUGAUCAUAUUUGUCACAGUGCCGGUCUUGUCGCAAAGAGCGUCUUGGAUUUGGAUUCCAGGAAUGGAGCUGCUCACAUCUUGCUAGCAAACGUUCUGCGUGAUCCACCUGAAGUUUAACUUGUUGUUUUGUUCCUGCCGCGGAGGACAAACUUGCAGUCUAGGUAUAUGUUCGACAAAGUUGAUGGCUAGCUUGAAUUAACGUCGCGUCCUUCUGGGUAAAAGUUUUAAGUCAAGGACGCUUCUUCCCAGCUAUUUGGAAUUCAUGAAUUCAUGGGUUUUAUCAGCGAUUUCAAAACGUGAAGGAAGUUUCCCUUGAGAAAAAUCGAGUCAAAGUCAUCAAAUGUGAGGCACGAGAAAGGGUAGCCUAUGUGAAAGUCCAGUCUGCGCCUCAAACUGUGAUCCAGACGUGUGGAAACUUUCUUCACAAUGCAAGAGAGAAGCAUUGAAGUGGUUUUCCACUUUGGCAAUUUAGCUUAGCGGUAGCUAUAAAAACCGCCACAAAGUUCGAACGUGAGCAGCAAGGCAUCUCGCAGCGUGUUCUUCGGUGUUGCGGCAAAGUCUCAGCAAAGUUUCAAGAAAAAAUCUCGAUCCAUUUUCCCUCUUUUUGCAAGCAUGAAGAAGGUGACACUCUCAACUUGUGGGAGCUGCAAGGGAAAGACUGAUGCGCUUAAGAAGAUCAAAGGGGUUGAUAAGGUGGAAUCGGAGACGUCAGGCCUGGUAGUGAUCGGCAAAUUUGAUGUGGACGACGUGGUCAAGGCGAUGAAUUGCCACCACAGUGUUCUUCGUUCCAUCGAGAACAAUUACGAGCCCCCAAAGAAGAAGGAAGAGAAGAAGGAAGAGAAGAAGGAUGGUGGUAGCGUUUUGUAUGUUUACGCCCACAACUACAAUCACUACAAUUGCAAGUGCUAAUUUGUUCUUCCAAUUGCAAGGGAUGGAUGGAUCUGCAAGAACAAGGGAGGUAGCGUGUGUAUGAAAUAAUUUCAAGAGUUUCAGAUCUA